AUGGCCCUCAAUGACCUCGAGAAGGAGAUCGUGAGCAACCCAGACGCGUUUUCGAGCGAGGCGCGGAUCCAAUACGCCAAGAUCCUUCUCCACUGUCUUGACGACGAGUUUCCCGAGGUCCGCACACAGGCAUUGAAAUGCUUCGAGACGCUUACUCCGCGUCUCGGCGGCUACGUUGUGUCUGUGGUGGCCGUCUUGAGUAAGAAGAAGCCCGAGAAAAUCUCCAUCACCUCCACCAUCUACACCAUGGCGAUCCACAACAUUCUGAAGAAUUUCGUGGCCAACGAGUCUGUGGCGCGCGACGUGGCGAACUGCGUGCUGGGCGAGGUGUUUGAGGUCGGAACCGCCGCUUUCCACACCACCAUAGACUAUAUUGAGAUCGUGACUGAUCUUAUUGAAUAUCUGGGCAAAUACCUGACUACUGCCCAGCUAAACAACAUGGCCGAGCUGCUGGCCAGGGCGUGCUACGAGGCAGACAUAGUGAUUGCAAAAAAGUCUGUUUUGGCGCUCGGAUUGGUGGCUCGCAACUUCACCUCUGUCGAGCAGCUGCAGAAGCUCAUCUCCUUAAUCGAUAAAACAACCACACACAAACAGCAGGACACAACCCUGAAGGUUGUGAGCAACCUUGUGCGCUCGAACGCGAAGCUGAUGGCCCAGAUCGUCCAUCAGGUCCACCCAACCGUGCUCAAUGGACUGUAUUUGGAUACACUCGGCAAGCCCGACGACGACUUCGACGCCCAGCAGGAGACAGAGGAGACCCGUGCCGAGGCGCUUGGGUGUCUGGUGGCCAUGUUCGAGUGUCUUCCGAUGGACGAGUACGUUUCUGGGUCGCUGGAGCUGGCCGCACGCUUUAUUGGUUACAAUCCGUAUAAAGACGACGCAGAGGAGGAAAUGGACGACGACGACGUGUACGAGCUCUCCGAUCUUGACGACGACGACGACGACGACGGGUCUGGACUGUCGUGGAAGCUGCGACGCGAGUCUGCAAGACUGGUCAGUGUUAUCCUCGAGAAACACCCGUUGGCUCUCACGACGGUUUUCCGAUCCGUCUUCGAGCCUCUUUUGGGCCAGCUGCAGGACGACAACGGCGCUGUUGUGUCGGAGGCGCUACGAACGCUCACCAAAAUCUUCCGCUUCAGUGUCCAGGACGGUCCGUACUACACAUUGAAGUUCUUCAACUCGUUGAACGACUACGCCAGCGGCCGGCGGGGAUCGGAUGUCAGCAUGCAGAGCGACGAGGACCCGUGUGUUUAUCUGGGCAGCAAAAGCGCGGACAUCUGCGAGUCGUUCGGCAAACUGCUUGUGGCAAAGAACUCGUCGAAACUGUCGCUGCUGUACGACUUCUUUGUGGAGUUUUCCAACGCGACAGACGGCUGCGAAACGCAAUGGGCGCCGGCGUUGAUGAACAAGCUAUUAGACUUGAGAGAGUCCAGCAUCACGUCUGAGGUGAUCAAGUUCUACGCAGCAGUCCUAAAGAAAUACUCUCUGAAAGACCUUGGAAGCAGCUCUCAGAGAGUCAUUGCCGACAUUGUUGGCUGUGUCGCGUCCUCGUCCAAUCACGAGCUCGUGCUGGAGACGCUGGGAUUGCUCACCGAUGUGCUCGAGCACGAGCCCGGUGCACAGCUCCCGAGCGUCGAAAAGGCACUUAUAGAAAAAGCCUCCAACAAAAACUACUCGACCGAGAUCCGGCAGAAAGCGCUCGUCUGUCUGUGCUCGCUGGUCACCAAGUCGGAGGUUUCCGAACUGCAAACUGCGUUGAGAGUGUUUGUGGACACCAUAACGAUCGAGUUUCUGGUGGCCGUGGACCUGCAGUGUAUUGAGACUAUCGUCUCUCGCAUUCCGCAAAACCUGUCUAGCGACUGGUAUCAUCCGAUUGUUUUACAGCUGGUUGAAUAUGUCACGAUUUCCGAGCUCCAGGCCCAGAGUCUGAACACGCUGGCUAGUUUGGCACCCAACCUGGACGAGACGGACGGUUUGCUGGCUUUCGACCGCAUUGUAGCGGCCAGCGAGGCAAGCAAAAUCGCCCCGGAAAAUGCUGUGUGCGUGUGCAAGAUUCUGAGCGUGCUGGCUACCAAGGUGGCCGUGCCAGACGUCGACCGACUCAUCGGUUUGCUAGUUCAGUUCUCCAAAGCCCCUAGCUUUGACCAGGACACGCUUGCCAGCCUGACGAACGCCAUACUCAGCCAAAAACCGGCCAAGCAGUUUAUCGAGGUUGUGCUGGAACACGGCGCACAUAGCGACCCAAACGUGUCCAAGAUUCUGGGUUUGGUAAGCGUGAGCGACAAGAACUUUGCCUCCAUUGACGAGACGCUCCAGAACCUGAACAACAACGAAAACGUGUUGUUCUCCAUCACGUUUCUGGACCAGGUGUCCAAAUCCAUGGACUUGGAAACGGGACUGGCGCCGUUUGUGCGUCAUCUCAGCGGUGACGAAGAGGUUAAAUCCGCUGCUAUUUCUGCGAUCGCCUCCGUUGUGUCAGGCAACCCGAACAAAUAUUUGGACGAGUUGACAAAGCAGAUUGAGCAGGGGGCCACGGUUCCUUUGCUGCAUGCUUUGAAAAUUGCUUUGCAAAAGAUCAAUCUCGACACAGCGUCCUCCAAGCACCUAUUCAACAUGCUACUCAAGUCCGACCUUGAAAAAACAGAAGCUGUGGAAGCAGCAGCUGAGAUAGUUGCUCUUCUUGCAGUCCACGACUCGCUGCUGCCGGAUAUGUGCUCCAUUCUUUCUUCCAGCCCGUCGCGGACACAGAAACUGGUGCUGGGGUCCACCACCAAACACGUCCUUGUUGACCCGUCGCUGGAGUCGGCUUUGGUUUUGCUGUCCAGGUAUCUCGAGCUAACGUCCGUGGAAGAUUACAUCUUUAGUCCCGAUCUGGAACUGAAACAGCUUGGAGUUUCCAACCUCAUCUUUGCUCUGCACAAAAAGCCUCUGGUUGCUCUUCCGCUGGUGUCCAAAAUCAUGCCGCGUUUGCUGGAGACAGAGCUGGAGCAGAAAAAGGAGUACGUCGAGGUGGUCCGGAUCGGUCCUUUUAAACACAAGCUGGACAACGGUCUGAACUACAGAAAGGGGCUCUACGAGAUGGUGUAUUCGCUGCUGACCACCCUUGAGACCAAUCCGCAAUUCUUGGUGAUCAGCCAGGUCGACUGGAGCCAGGUGUUCGAGAGGUUUGUGGCCAGAGCGUUCAAGGACGACCCAACAGUCAUUUUCAUCUGUCUGCUGACGCUCAUCAAAAUCAUCAACCUCCAACCGACGAUUUUCGCUGGGAACCAGACCCUCGAAACGUUCAUCGCAGCAUGCUCCAAGGUGCUGGAUAAAAAACUCAAGGACGACGCUCCAAAGCAGGAGCUCGAGAAACGCAACGACACCGUGCGCGCCGUCCUGAGAUGCUGCAGAAAAAUCAACACCAUGGUGGAGUCUGGCCAGCUGAAGCUUGACAGCUACUCGAGCUGGUCGAACUUUGUCAGCACACUGAAAACCAAGUAUCCCAUAUUCGAUGUUGAGGAAUGA